CUGCCGCUCGCGAUAUUUGCGAGAGAGAGAGAGAGAGGGCCCGAGAGCCGAGGACGAGUGAAGUCUGGCUGGCGUGAUGCUGCUUCGGAGCGCGUCCUCGCCGCUGCUCAACUGCGGGCGCGCGCCGGCUGCGGCGGCGUCGGUCGAGCACCUCGCGGUGGUUUCGCCGUUGUUGUCACCGGCAGUGGCGGCGCCUAGGCAUGGGCCGGUGCUGUGCCGCGCCAUGUCCGAGGGGGACCUCGCCGCGCCGCUCGUGCCCAAGAAGGACGAUGGACACGGGAGGGCGCCGAGGCUGUCCCUGUCCGCGUCCUUGUCCUCGUCCGCCUCCAUCUUCGUCGAGGAGGAGGACGGCGAGGGCGAGGAGGAGGAGGACCUGGUCGCGGUCGCGGGGGCCGGCGUGGACGUGCCGCUGCCGCUGCGUCGGCUGCUGACGAACACGGGGCUGGACGUGUCCGCCGCCGCGGCGCUGGCGUUCGUGGAGCAGGGCGUCGGGGGCAGCGGCGGGGGCGGGAAGGCGUGCGGCAGCAGCGGCGGCAAGGGUGGGAUCGGGGACGGCGACGGUGGCAGCAACCGCGCCGCCACGGACGCCCACUACCGGCAGAUGAUCGAGGCGGACCCGGGCAACUCGCUGCUCCUGGUCAACUACGCCAGGUUCCUCAAGGAGGUGGCCGGGGACGCGGCAAGGGCGCAGGAGUACUGCGAGCGCGCCAUCCUCGCCAGCCCCGGCGACGCCGAGGCGCUGUCGCUCUACGCGGGCCUCGUUUGGGAGACCAGCCGCGACGCUGGCCGCGCCGAGGACUACUACAGCCGCGCCGUCCAGGCCGCGCCCGACGACUGCUACGUCCUGGGCUCUUACGCCGGGUUCCUGUGGGACGCCGAGGAAGACGAGGAAGAGAACUCCGAGCCCUUGCCACCGCCUUCGCUGUUCCAGGGGGCAGCUCAGCGUCCUUCCAUCACAGCGGCCUCUUAGAUGAUCGUGAACUCGAUCUAGAUCUCACCACCGCCUGUGAACGAAGCUGAAUCUGGAACCCUGGAGAGUGGAGAGUGACUGGGUGAUAACCGUGCAGAAACCCCCGACGAGUGACUCACAUCGCCGGCAGGCUCCUCGCCGCUUGUGAACUGAAUCACGGCACAUGUAAAACUGAAUCUGGCAGAGCACACACGCGCCUAAGCCUAUUAGCGUCUAUAGACUUUGCAGGGCUAUGUAUAGUAGAUAUGUAGAUUGAGACCCUGCUGAACUUGUACGUGCAGUAUGUUCCUAGUCACUUGUGUAUCAUUACUAGUAAUGCAGUAUCCCUCGUGAAAUAAACGUCAAAACCCCUUCCUGCUGCUU